AUUUGUUAAACAACACGAUCAUCCGCUGAGGCAGGCUUCUCUCUUCUCACAUUCCAUUUCCCGAAUAACCUCCUACAAAUUCAAUUUGAUCCAUCUUUUCUUUCUUCAACCCUAAAAAAGGCAGUCAAAGGAGAGAGGAAAAAUCACCAUGGAAGCAGCUGCAAGGAGAACCGGCGGAGGGCUAUGGGAGAGCCUUUACCGUGUCGUCAUGCGCCGAAACUCCGUCUAUGUCACUUUCGUCAUCGCCGGCGCUUUCGUUGGUGAACGGGCUGUGGACUACGGAGUUCAUAAACUGUGGGAGCACAACAACAAGGGGAAACGAUAUGAAGACAUCCCUGUGCUUGGUCAACGACAAUCAGAAUAACUGAUUCUUUCAUUUCUCUGGUGUCACCUUUUGGAAGUUUGUUGCAUCUGGAAUUAAGAUGGGAUAUUGAAAAGCCAGUUGGCUGUAUUGAUUUUGUAAUAAUGGAUGCAGUUUCAAUUUUGAUUUGUUUUUUUUACCAAACAAAGCUAGUCGAUGGUUCGGAUUGCAACUUAAUAUAACAGGAAAUUCGAAUAUUUUUAUGUACUAGCAUGUACUUCUAGUGAUGCUGCAGAACUCUGUUCCAAACUUACUGAUUAGAUGAUUGUUACCCUCUUCUUUGGA